CACCCCAAUUCUUCCACCAGUCCUGUGGGAUUUCCUGUCAGAAUUUCUCACACCAUCCCUCAAUCGAAGGGUUGCCCAUGCUUCAGCCUGGCGUCGCGGUGCUACGGCAGCACCAGCUUCCUAACGUCGCAUCCGCCGUCAGCAGCGCCAUGAGUGUCGUCAGCAGCGCGAGGGGUGUCGUCAGCACCGUCUCCCGUCGCACCCUCAGAUCUCCUGCUCGCCGAUCGUUUGUCUCCGUGCCUGCUCGCACUGCUCGCGCACCCGUGACCGCGAUGGCCACUGCUCGUUCCUCCUGUUCCCUGCGAAGCGAACCGCAACUAGCCCACGCGAACCAGCGGCAAAGGGGAACGGUACGCAAACAAGCGAUGCGCGAAUCGCGGCGACCAAGACCAUGUGUAGUUAAAGCGGCUGGCGAGCAGGAAAGCGGGAGCGGUGGCAUGACGAGAGGAGGGGAGACGAGUGGAGUAAUAACCGAGGCCCGGGAGGGGUUGGGGCGGAAGGAGGGCUGCCAGCUGUUGGCUCGGGACGGCGAAGCAGGCGCCGAAGCAGAGCCGGAGGUUCGGAUGAUACCGGUUCGGGGAAAGAGGAACGGCGAGGAGCAGGGAAUCCGGGCAAGGAGGGAAGCGCUGGCCGGCGAAAGUGGCUGCCGAAGGAGCCUGAAGCCGUGCGAGAGGUGAAGGCUGAUGAUCGAACGGCUGUGAGACAACAGGAAAAGACGGAUCAACGGUCAGGAUGGAAGGCUGCUCAAGAGCCGCUCGAGCCUGCGACACUUGGCGAAAAUGAUGCGGAAUUUGGGGAAAGAGGCGGAAGCGGAAGUGGAGAGGCCGAGAGGGAGACACCAGAUGCAGCUGAAUAUAGGCGCAUGGAGCGAAGCUUCGGAGAAAGAGCGCAGGAGAUGGAUCCGGAGGAGAUUAGGCUGGCGAGGCAGCGGGUGGCCGAUCUGAUUAGAGCAGGGGAUGACGUGGAACAGGAGAUCGUGCGCAUGGGCAGGGAGGGCUUUUUGACCGACACCCUCAUCCUCGUCAUUCAGAACCGACUCAACUUCGCCCGGCACGACAACGAGCGCCACGUGGUGCAAUGCCUCGACCUCUUGCUGCGCCGCAUCGAGGCAGAGAGAGAGGCACAAGAAGCCACGCCAGCCUUGCGACUCCUUAACACUCUCCUGCACCUUGCUGAUGACCUCAGCGCUGACAUCAGCAACAUCAGGCUACGACCAAUGGCAGCGCGAGGCGCGCGAUGCGAUGAGAGCGGUGUUUCUGCCGGAGGAUCCUUUCACCGUGGCCAUGCCCGUGGCCAAUGGCAUGGGUGCUCCAACUUGGAAUGAAAUGGACGCUAAGGCUGACUUGGGCUCAAGCAUGGGUGGUGGUGAGAGCACUCUCCUUCGGAUCGACUUUAUUCGCGAGCUCGAGGAGCUUCUGGAAAUCGUUGAAGCGGAUGCUGCAGCUGCUGCUCAGGUUGUCGCUGAAUCGUUGAACUUGUCACUUGACCCGCAACAAGUCGAAGCAGAGGGCAGUGCCGCCAAUGUUGAGCAAGAUGGGGGUCGUGGGGUGAUUUAGAUGCCGAUAAAGUGGCGUUGAAACUGAGGCUGGAGGAGCGUCUGCGGAUCAUCAGUCGAGUUAGAGACCUCCAACACAUAGCAGCCACUUUGAACUUGUAGAACUAACCAUACUUAGCCUAUAUGGUAUACUGGUGGUUUUCCUACAAUUUAACCGAAUAUG